AAUAUUACCAGCUAACCUUUUGAACCACCAGCUGGGAAGGCACCGGCAGCCUGGGUGUGUUGCCUUGAGAUCCACAUGAGUAAGUUAUACGGAUAGGCUGCUAACAUCCUGAUAGUCCACCACUGCCCGGAAUGCUAUCAACCCCUCACACGGCCCCAAGCACGCACGAAAUGCCUAGGCAAACACGCAGAAUGGUGCCCCAACUACCACACCCAGCUCUUCAAGAAAGGCAAGGCUACCGUUCGUCCCGUCCAAAGAAGAGAACAAUAGCUAAACCAUCGUCAAACAAUAGGAGCCAGCGGCACCUGCGAUCCCUGCCGCCGCAGCGAAGCCGAGCACCUCAAACGCCACCGCGAAAUCGCAGAGCUGCUCGCCGAGUUCAAAUCCACCAAAGCAGCAACAUCCCUCGACACUCAUCCCGCUUCCUCUCCGUUGACGCCCAAAUGCCUCAACAUCCUCGCCAACAGCACCCCCUCCCCAAGCCCCGAUACACCCACCCUGACGAAAAAGGAACGCAAAACGCUCAAACGCGCCAAAAAGGUCGCCGAACGCCCCGGAAAAGUCGUCAGCACAGCGGAAAUCGAGUUUGUCGCGAAUAUUCUACACCCUCCCGACCUUGAAACCGAAGGCCUCGACCUCGAACAGCAGCUGCUGGCGGACCUCGACAUCAAAAUCAACCGCGCCUACCACAAGGGAACGAGCAGCACAGCCGUCGCGCGCAGGGAAAUCAUCAACAAGGAUCGUCAUCACCACCACUCCGACGGCAACGGUGUAUCCUUCGCGGAAUCAGAGGAGUGCAAAGGCCUACUGCAACUCCUCGACGUCCCCCCUCUCACGCCCACCUCCCCCGCGAGCGCGAAAACAGUGCAAGCCAAACUCGUCCGCUGCAUCGAGCACGAUCUCCAGCACGUGCGCAAAGAAGAGGAGGGCACGAUGAUGCGCAAAGCGGGCUUUUGGCGCUGGGCGAGCAGAAAGGCGUAUAAUCGCUUGGUGGAGAAUGGGCGGAUUUGGAGUGCUAAGGGCUCCGAGGCGGGGAGUAAGGGGAGUCGGACGGAGUCUGCAGGGGAGGGGGAUGAGGGGUUGACGGA